UCUAUGGUAGAGAUGGACAUAUGAGGACAUAUUUUUUGCCACGCAAAUUAUGCACUCACUUUUCCAAUACAAAUAAAUGGAAACUUUACUCAAUAUGCAGUGAAAGUAAAAUUGGUAUGGAUUCAGUGUAACCAUUCUUCUUCCCACAAUACUAAAUGCAGAACGUCGAAGAAUUCUUAAGGUAUUUCUGCACUCACGUCAUUCACUCAGAUUCGUUCACGCCAAGAACCCAUCACUGCUCUAGACACUUUCUAUUUCUGCGGAGAAAACUUCAGAUUCAGCGAAAAUAUUAAAUUUCUUGCAUAAAAAGUUAAACAGCGUUAAUAAUUGCAAAAAAGUGUGGAAAAGCACAAUUUGAGACGCAGAAAGCGAUUGGAGUGCAAAUUGUGUGAGUGUUGAGGGCCGAGCACGCUUCUCUGUGAUAAACAUUUGCAGCGCAGAAAAUCGAAGAAUCGCUUGCGAUGGCCGAGGUUGAAAAAAUGUCAGCGGCUCCACCGACCGAUAUUCCCCUUACUUCGCCAAGUGCCAAUGUAAGCGAAUCGGGUGGAGGCAGUGGCCCCGAAAUGGGAACUUCGCCUCCAACAUUGGAACGUUCCAGUAAUUCGCACCCUCACGACUCCGAAUAUGAUACGGCCAGUGAUUUGGAGGGCGGUGACGGUUAUGAUGACGAUGACAUUGAGGACGAAAGUUUGAGCGAGGAGGAAACGGAGACGGAUGACGAUGAUCUCGGCAGCGAAACGGAGGAGGACGAUGUGGGAAGUGAGACAGUGAGCGGCAAUGACAAUGGGGUGGAUAGAUCUGUCGCAGAUAGCGAGGCGCAAAAAAAAGUGGACGAGGAUCGCAGCAAUCCACAGUACAUACCUAAGCGCGGCACUUUCUACGAGCAUGACGAUCGCACAGCGGAGACUGAGGGCGAAGUGGCUGCAGAGGCUGUUAGCACACCAGGUGACUCAGAACCAGCCAACGAUGCAAAUGGAGUUAUUGCCAUAGGUGCAACACCCGGUGCACAGACGCCAACCAUUUCUCAAGCUUCCAAGACCAUGAAAAAAUGGCAGCCAGCAUCUGGAGUGGAACGCUGGUCGCAUGACCGCUUCGAUGCUAAUGAGCAAGCGCCCAAGACUCGAUCAGAACUGCUGCAGGCCUACGGCUAUGAUAUUCGUAAUGAGGAUGCUCCUCCUCGUGCGCGAAGACGUAGGCGCUAUGGACGUGGGCCUAGUAAGUACUCACGCAAUUGGGAGGAUGAGCAGGCCUACCUCAAGGCAAGUAACAAGGAGCGCAAGCCUCCUCGCCCGCAGGAUUUCCCGGCCUUAAACGAACGCACUAAACCGCGCCGACCCCGAACCUCAUCGUCCAAAGAAGAGAAGGAGAAUCGUGGCGAACGUGGUGAGCGUGGUGAGCGCGGGGAGCGUGGGGAGCGAAGUGACCGCAGGAUUGCCAACACUUCUGGGGCUGUAGAGCGACAGCACACAAGCAGCGCUGGCCCGACAGCAGCAGGAAGUGGCCCGAUGCCAUCAAAAUCGCACGACCCACGCGAUCGCGAUCAUAAGAAUCGCCAGUAUGGUCGUGUCAAUGGCGGACCCAAUCGGUCUGGACGACAAAACGCCAUGGAAUUUAAACAAAAGUCGAAUCGUGGUACACUGCAUCGUGGUGAGCAACGUGAUUUCGCCGACCACAGAGCUGAACGUGAGCAUCAGAAACCGAUCACGCCACGAAGUGCCGGGCAGACAAAGCAAAUGGUUGAAAACUCGCCCCAGCAGCAGCAACAACAUUCACAACAGCAGCCAUCACAGCAAAUUCAAAAACAGCACCAAGUGCCGCAGCAACAUCCGCAGCAGCCACUUUUGUCGCAGCAACCACAGCUAGGUCAGUCGAAUCUUUCACAGCGUUUACAACAGGUGCAGCAACGGAAUGAUCCCAGUCAUGUGGGCAGCGUACAAAUGCAUGCCCUUGCUACACAAAAUCAACAGCAGCAGCAGCAACAACAGUUGCAUAUUGCUCAACAACAGCAACAACUGGCACAUCAGCCGCAACAGCCACAACAGCAACCGCAGCCGUUGGAACAACGCAAUGCACCCAAACGUUACUCCAGUCUCCGUCGUUCUCAGCAAGAGGCCACACAGCAACAACAACAGCAGCAGCAUAUGGUGGAACACCAGCAACAGCAAAUUCAGCAACAGCUGCAUUUGCAGCAGCAACAGCAGCAGCAACAACAGUCGCAGAUAAUGCUGCAAGAUCCACAUAUGCUGAUGCAAAUCUAUCAACAACAGGAUCUGCAGGCGCAACUGCAGACACUGCAAUUGGGCCCCGCGCCGACUCCGACUGCUGUCCCCCAACAGCCCAAACAACAUCCACCAGCCGCCUAUCCUCAGACACAAGCAGCUCCCUACUAUGUUACUGGUGUUGGAGAGCCUGUGCCACAGGCAGCAUACGGUAAUCCAGCCAGCGCCGCCUAUUUACCUCCCACGCCUGCGGCCGUGGCAUACGCGCAGGCACAGUCAGCCGUACAGACAGUGGUGCAACAAGCGCCGGCACCGCCAACGGCACAACCUUCAGCACAGCCCGCACAGGCACCGCCGCCGUCCUUGAAUUAUCAUCAGAAUUAUAACACAGUUGGUGGUACCACAUACUUUGUGCCACCCGCGCAGGCUUCAACACGUCCGUCGGCGCUGCCACAGCGUCGUCCAACCAAUGCGAUUCCAAUACUGCCGCCAUCGGAAAAACAUAAGACCCGUUCUGGUAUUAAUGCCAAUGUUACGCCGAAUACAAAUUCAGCUUCCAAGUCCGACGAGGCCCCAAUUGGCAGUGCCGAGAAUAUUGAUCACAUUAUAGAUAAUAUGUUUGUGCAGCGACCGGCAUUCCAGCCUCCGCCUACGGCUGCAGCAAGUAGCACACAGACGGCUGGGGAAACUGGAGGCACUACAACGAACAAGGCUGGAGAAGAUGCUAACAGCAAUGCGACUCCCGCACCGGCUCCACUAGAACAGAGUCAAAAGACUGUUGCUGUCGCUGGGCAGGAAUGAGUGGACGUAGUCUAUGGAUAGCCACAGAUUAGAGCACUAAAUUCCAAGUUUAGUCCCAACGCUGCCUCAGUUCCUUUGCCACCAUUCGCUCAUUAGCUUUUAAGCUAGGGCGGCGCAACCGUCUUGCUAUUUCCUCUUCUUUUUUUUUAUUUUUCAAGUCUGUGACUUCAAUUUUCUUUUAAUUUUUUUUAGAUCCGCAGAUAGCUGCGUGGUAAGAACUUUGUAAUUAGCUAUUAGAAUGGCGGCGGUUCAUCACUGCCGGCCCCUCCAAAUAAUUGCACGUACUAACAUAAACACAAAUUUACUUAUAAUCCAGCGCGGAAGUAAAUCAGUGUAGUUGUAGUUGAUCAGUGGACGGCGUUCGGCUACCAGGUUUAUUAAAUCUUUUGUAGCAGGAGUCGAGGUGUUGUCAUCACUGGUGCUUAGCCCAUUUAGCCGCAUUUUGAAGUUUAAUAAUUAUAUAAUUGUAACUGCGCAAACUCAUUGAAUUUAAAUAAAAACUUUGAACAAAA